AUGUUCCGUGCAACAACUGCUUCACUGUGUGCCUACUGCCUGAGGCAGCGUCUUCUGCCAGUCUCUGCCCAAAGCUCCACGCUGGCAAGUGUGAAUAAGCGGCCUGAAAACCAGAACACGGUGGACUCCCUCUACGAACUGUCUGUGGACAUCCGCAAAGUACGCAAAUUUAAAGGUUGGGUCUUGUACGAAACUCCAGCCUACGUGUUUGAGACGGCCAAUCUGCUCCGUAAGCUGGGCGCUGACUCCGCAUGCAUUGCGCGUGUGUUGGAGGCUCACCCCGAGGCUGUGCUCUGUCGCCCCCAGGACGUGGAGGCACAGAGGGACCUCUGGGCCUCUGUUUGCCCCAACCAACGGGAACUGGUUGGCAUCAUUGAGAAGUUCCCUGCCUCUUUCUUCACCGUGUCACAUUAUGCCAACCAGCAUGCCAAUAUCCGCUACUUGCAGAGUCUGCGUCUCAGCAAACGCAUUGUGGGCAAACUGAUGGCCAGCGCGCCGCAAAGCUUCAGUCGGCCUGUGGAGAGCAACCAGGAGGUCAUCCACACGCUGCGAGAGACCUACCUGGAGCUGGGUGGAGAUGAGGGGAACUUGCGUGUUUGGCUGCAAAAGUUACUCAGCCAGAACCCCUACAUCUUGCUCCGACCUGCCGAAGCUUGGCGAGACAGCCUGGCCUUCCUGCGUGAGUGCGGCUUCAGUACAGAGGAAUUGCUGCGCCUGGUCUCUAGCUUGCGUGCCUCCAUCGCUGAGCUGCGACCAGAGGCCAUGCGACAGGCUCUUGACUACACACAGGGAGCUCUACAGUGCACUGAUGAGGAGCUGCGUGGGAUCGUGUUACGCUGCCCGGCACUGCUCUACUACUCUGUGCCCAUUUUGGCUGGACGCUUUAACGGCCUUCUGGACGCUGGCAUCAGCCCGUUGCAGGUGAAGGAGAUGCCCAAUGUUUUGGAACUCACCACACAAAUUGUGCUUUACCGCAUUCAGAAGCUGGCAUCCUAUGGUUAUGAUGUUCGCACUGGUAGCCUUGAUGUCAUUGUUGGCACCAAGAAAGACUUUGAGAUGAGCUAUGGCAAGCUGCAGCUACGUCAGGAGCGGCCACUCUACAAUCCAGUUGCUCCACUGCACACAGCAGAGGAAUAAUUACUGACUGACUGAUGUUCGUUGAGUUAAAGUUUGGAAGAUGAAUGUAAUGCAAACACUAUGUGUUGAUUAGACAAUGCAUCAUCACAUAACCCACAUAGAUUAGAUUAGAUUAGCACCAUGGCAAACAUGCCAAGCUCAAAGGGGAAGUUCACCUUCACUGACACAUGGGUCC